GGCCGCCGAGAUGAAAGCGAGCGGCCGGCGGGGAACGGGGCGCGCCAGCCCCUCCUCCCGGCCGGAACCUGCGGCUCCCUGUGACCCGACGACCCUGCAAGCGGCCUCCUCGUCUGCUGGGGCGGAGCGACGCGGCUGGAGGACCGCUGGCACCUGUGCUGUGCAGGCCAGUGGGGCUCAGAGCCCCCGCCUGGGCUCCUGAAGAGAGAAAGCUGGGAGACCUCGGAAGCCACAGUGUUCCUGCUUGCCUCAAGUUUUCCCAUCAGAUUGGAAAAGCUGCCUCGCUCAGUGACGUCAACACCCGGUCCCGCAUCUCGACGCCCGCACUCGAGGCCCGAGCUGCGCACGCACGCUCGGCCAUGGCUGCGGUAGCGUUGCUGCUGCUGCUGCUGCUGGUGUCGCCGGCCGCCUCAGCGCCAGCGCGGGACCCCUUCGCCCCGCAGCUCGGUGACACGCAGAGGUGCCAGCAGCGUUGUCACCAGCGCCACUCUAUCCCGCCACCCGCUCAGCCUGAACCAGAGAGCCCCUCAGAGUCCCCGAAUAACAAGGCCGUCCUUGUCAGUGCUUGUGAGCGUGGCUGUCGACUUUUCUCCAUCUGCCGCUUCGUGGCCAGGAGCUCCAGGACCAACGCCACAGAGACAGAAUGCAAAGCGGCCUGCACUGAGGCUUAUGUGGAGGCAGCAGAGCAACGGGCCUGCAGUGACGGAUGCUGGGGCCAGACCCCUGAACCUGAGACUCGUCUGGAGCUGAAGAAAACAGCUUUGGAACCACCCAGCGGAUCUCUGUCCCUGCUGGAAUGGUUUUCCAUACUCUGCAGUGACCUCAUGAGUUCCGCCCAGGGCCUCGUGUCCUCUACCUGGACAUACUCCCUUCAGACAGACAACCGGAAGGUGGUGGUGUUCCAGACUCAACCUGUGGUAGAGAGCUUUGCAUUCCAAAGGAGCCGUCUUAAGCGAAUGGAGGUGACCUGGAAGGGGUCCCACCCCGAGGCCCUGGAGGGGCGCAUGGACCCUUUAGGCCCCUUGGACAAAGUGAGGAGAACUAAGACCCGGGUGAAGACCAGCAAGGCCAAGGUGGAGUCUGAGGACCAACAAGAGAAUGACUUCCUCAGUUGCAUGUCCCGGCGCUCGGGGCUGCCUCGGUGGGUAUUGUUCUGCUGCUUCUUCCUCUCCGUCCUGGUCUUGCUGUGGCUGAGUUGCUGUACCCUGGUCACCACACCUGGCCAGUCCCUCAAACUCCAACCUCUGGUGGCGGAGCAGCAUAAGAGUCUCCUGCUGGAGUCAUACUGGCCUUUGUUCCCGCCCCCACCGCCUGCCUAUGAGGACAGCCCCCCGCCCUACAAGUUGAAGCUAGAUUUGACCACGCUGUAAUCCUCGACCUGUUGCCAAGUGGAUGGGGGCCUCUCCACAGUCAUUUCUCUCUGCACCCUGAAGUCCAAGGUCAGGGUGGGGAACCAGCCUUGGGCCUCAUCUAUUCUCCAGUCCUAUUUCCCUCUCUUCCAGCAAACCCACCCCACUGUCCUGCUUCCUCUGGGGCUAGCUUUUGGCUUUUCUCACAUGCUCUGGCAAUGAAUCUGGUUUGUGUUGCCUUUCUUUUUCUUUCUCUGUGUCCUCACUUGGGGGCUGAGGUCUCCGGUUCCCCUUCGUUAUGCCUGGUGAUGCAGUCCCCCACGAGGGAGCAGUGGAGACUCCCUGCUGGGAGGGGAUGAGAAGGAGUAAACCUUUAAAUAAAGUGAAUAAAAGAUA